AGGGACGGAAGGCCAGAUCUCCCCGCGCUCACUCGUCUGUGAGAGAGAACAAAAGCAAGAGAAAGCUGGCUUGGGGACGGCAGUUCGACAGGAGGUCUGACUGGGACGUGGGCCAGGGUUAGACACACGGUCACCAGGACUCCCCUACACCCGGCAGGGCAGAAGCUCAGCCACAGACAACCCAAAGGCUUCUUGGCAAGGCCAGCAGAAGCAGAGGGACCCAUCCCAUGGAGAGAUGCUGGGUGAUGGAGGCCGCCAAUGCCUCCAAGGAUGGCUUGGAUUUCAACCCCAUGAAGGAUUACAUGAUCCUGAGCAGUUCCCAAAAGAUAGCUAUCGCAGUGCUAUGCACCCCUCUGGGCCUGCUAAGCGCCUUGGAGAACCUGGCUGUGCUCUACCUGAUCCUGUCCUCCCACCGGCUCCGCAGGAAGCCCUCAUACCUGUUCAUUGGCAGCUUGGCUGGGGCUGACUUCCUGGCCAGUGUGGUCUUUGCCUGCAACUUUGUAAAUUUCCAUGUCUUCCAUGGCGUGGAUUCCAAGGCUGUCUUCCUGCUGAAGAUUGGUAGUGUGACCAUGACCUUCACAGCCUCUGUAGGCAGCCUGCUGCUGACUGCCAUUGACCGCUACCUCUGUCUGCGCUACCCACCUACGUACAAAGCCCUACUCACCCGUGGGAGGGCUCUGCUGACCCUGAGCAUCAUGUGGGUCAUCUCAGCAUUGGUCUCCUACCUGCCUCUCAUGGGAUGGACUUGCUGUCCCAGUCCCUGCUCUGAGCUUUUCCCCUUGAUCCCCAAUGACUAUCUGCUGGGCUGGCUCCUAUUCAUUGCUGUCCUCUUCUCUGGCAUCAUCUACACCUAUGGGCAUGUCCUCUGGAAGGCCCAUCAGCAUGUAGCCAGCUUGGCUGAGCACCAGGACAGGCACGUGCCAGGAAUGGCCCGGAUGAGGCUGGAUGUGAGGUUGGCCAAGACCCUGGGGGUGGUGCUGGCUGUGCUCUUCAUAUGCUGGUUCCCAGUACUGGCCCUCAUGGUCUACAGCCUGGCCACCACUCUUGACGACCAGGUCAAGAAGGUCUUUGCCUUCUUCUCCUUGCUCUGCCUUGUCAACUCCAUGGUCAACCCCAUCAUCUAUGCCCUGCGGAGUGCAGAGAUCCGCUCCUCUGCCCACCACCGCCUGGCCCGCUGGAAGAAGUGCCUGAGGGGCCUUGGGUCUGAAGGAAAAGAAGAGGUCCCAAGGUCCUCAGUCACUGAGACAGAGGCUGAUGUGAAAAUCACCCAGUGGCCAGAUUCCAGAGGUCUAUACUGCUCUGACUGCUGAUAAGGCCUCGUUCGCAGUUUUAAACAAGCCAAGUCAGAAUCAUUUCACUCCCUGGAGAAGAAAGCGUGGUCUUGACCCUCUCAUCUUACUUGAACCUAGGGCCUGGGCACUGACCCCUUUUUGCUGAUGAUUGUUGGCAUUGACCCCUGGAGGGUAGCCUGGCCAUGCCUAUCUGCACACAGUCUGUUGGACAGGCAAGGUGGGCAGGAGGCAAGAGGCCUGGUCCAGGCUCAGUGCUAGUCAGAUCAGGACAACCUUCCUGACAAGAUGCUUAGUGCCUGCAUCCUCUAGAGACCACAGAAGCCAGAAGGAGCCUUCAGUCUCAGCCAUACGGGACAGGGAGGAAAUCUGAAUGAGAAGAAGAAUGGAUUAUU